UACGCAGGAAAAAAAAAGAAUAUCGUUUGCAUGCACGUGGUAGUGAAAAAGCUCAACGUGCGCGCGCGUGUGGCUAUUAAUUUCUGGUCAUCAAUUCCUAGAAGAGCCAACAGUAGUGCUACGUUGUUUUGCAAAGAGAAACAGUACAUUUUAACCACAUCUUUAAAUAUAAUAAAUCGCAGUGAAUUUUUAAUAAUGGCAGAUGUACCCCUGCAUAUGGGUAAUCCACGAAGAAUGUCGUAUGGAUCAUAUAAUGGAAAAAUGAGUGGUGUCGAAAGUAAAACACCGUUUUUAAUCGGAGUUUCCGGAGGUACAGCUAGCGGCAAGUCAACUGUCUGUAAACGUAUAAUGGAAAAAUUGGGCCAAGUUGAUAAGGAUCACGAUCAACGACAAGUUGUUUGUAUAUCACAAGACAGUUUUUAUAAAGAUUUAUCGCCUGAGGAUAAAUUGAAAGCCGAAAAAGGACAAUUUAAUUUUGAUCAUCCUGAUGCUUUUGAUGAUAAUUUUAUUCUUCAAACAUUAGAGGACAUUCGCGCUGGUGUUAAAUGUGAAAUUCCUGCCUACGAUUACAGAACUAACAGUUUAAUUAAGGAUCAGAUAACGACAAUAUAUCCUGCUGACGUUGUUCUGUUUGAAGGCAUUCUCGUAUUUUAUCAUCAAAAAAUAAGGGAUUUGUUUCACAUGAAAUUGUUUGUUGACACAGAUUCAGACACAAGAUUAGCAAGACGAGUGCCAAGAGAUAUUAAAGAAAGAGGACGAGACUUAGAAUUUGUUUUGAAUCAGUACAUGAAUUAUGUGAAGCCAGCAUUUGAAGAAUUCUGUUUGCCUACAAAAAAAUUCGCUGAUGUAAUAAUACCCAGAGGAGCUGACAAUACCGUUGCCAUUGACUUGAUAGUUCAACAUAUACAGGAUAUACUUUACAAAGGGAAUAGCAGAGAAUUCAGAGAAAUUGUAGAACCAGAAAGCCCGUUGGCUUAUGCUGAAAAAUCCUUCAAGAGGCCUCACUAACAUUAUCAAGUUUGUUUAUUUCUUUUUUUGUUAAUUUUUCUCAGUUUCUUAUUUUUUUCUUUGGGUGUAUUGUUUAAAUGCUCAUUUAUCUCUAAAUAACUAAACAAAAAAAAAAAAAAGAGCCAAAUCAAAAAGGACUCUAAAAAUGCCAAUUUUUAAUUACUUAAGUGAAUUCUGUGGCAAGGGCAGAGAUUAUUCAAUGUUUAUGUGUUUAUUUAAAUGUUUUUUUAUAGAACAACUUGAAAAGUUUGUCCUUAAAAAGCAAUGUCUGAAAAUUUUCAAUUUCAGAAUUUCACAAAGUUUAUGACAAAUUUAUAUGCCUUAGAUGUAGGAUAUUUAUUUUUUAUUUUAACGAUUAAAAAAAUGAAGACACGGGAGUCAUUGUCAUAGAAUUUUCAUAGUAUAAUAAAUGUACUGACAAUUUUUUUUUUUUUUUUUUUAAUAUUGGUAAGGCCAAUUUCCUUUAGUUUUAUUCUUCAAAAUUUAAAAUUUAAAUAAUUGCAAUUUAUCAAAAUAAAAUAACUAAAUUAUUUAAAUUUAAAAAUAUAAUGGAAAAUAAAAUUUUAAAGGUAAAUAAUGAGCUUUGCCAUAAUUGUUUGAAGUAUGUUUGUGAAUAGAAAAUUAUUUAUAUGAAAAGAAUAAUAUAUUUUAUGAAAAAAAAUUAAUAUAAUAUAUAUAUUUUAUGAAUAAUGUGUGAUACAAAUGAUAACGUUUUUUUUUUAAAAAAAAAAUACACACACAAAAAAGUAAGAAAGCAUUUAGAGUGAAAAGUGUAUAGUUUAUAAUAUAAAUAUAAAAAAAAAGGAAUGUCUAGAAAAAUCAGCGCUGUGUGUGAUUUUAAAAUAGACUGCUUAUUUGUAUUAAUUUUCAAAUCAAAUCUGUCCAGUCACAUAUUAAUUUCUCUCUGAUAAAUUUUUUAUAAACACCAAAACUUUAAAAAAAAAAAUACCAGAGAUUCUAGGUUCAGUGUAUUAAAUAGAAAAAAAACCAAAAGAAAUUAUAAUUAAGAAUAAAAUAUAUUUAAUUUCUUA